CAGGCAGUUCCGGGCUGGCAGGAGGCUCACAUAGCAAAGCCAGUAAGUACAGGAGGCAGUGCAAGCAUUGCAAGCACUGCAGGCAUUGCAAGCACUGCAAGCAUUGCAAGCAUUGCAAGCAUUGCAAGCACUGCAGGCACCGCAACCAGCUGGUCCCACUCCUGCAGCACAGAGCCCCACAUCCCCCCACAGGCUCCAGGCUGUGAAUCCAUAAAGCUGCUGCAGAAUGUUUAAAAAGAUCACCCAAAAAGUGGCAAAGCAAAUGGAUCCCACGGGAGAUCUGGUUCCUGUCCACAGCAUCUCGGAUCAAGACCAUUUCAGGCUCCUGUGCCUGGUUCGAAGGAAAAGGAAAACCAGAUUCCAUCCAUUUCCCUCGUACAGACGGACAGAAUACAGGUUCCAUGAUGUGCUGCUGCCUGGACAGGAGGAGAAUUGUGCUGUAACAUGGGGCUCCAUUGCAGAGUCCCUCCUUCCCAGCACAGACAGCCACGGCCCACGGGAGUUCACAACCACGGGAAGCAUCAGAGACAGAGUGGAUGGGACCCUGAGCAUCCCCAUUGACCCUGCAGAAGUAGAACUGGGAGGAGCUGCCUCAACGUCCAAGCAGUGGCACAUCAAGCUGGAAAAGAAGCACAUCCUGGUACCCAAACUUGAGGCACUGAAAGAAGAAAGGAAGAUCAACACGAAGCACACCUUCAUUGAGCAGCUCAGGAAGGCGAGACAGAACUUAUAUGUCAUUCAUGAGACCAUCGAGACCUCAGAGGAGGCCAGAUAUGAGGAAUCCACGGAGGCGGAGGCCAAGUUCAUGGCUCAGCUUUAUGCCAAGUUCUCUGCUAAGGGCACCACUGGGAGCAAACAGAGCAUCACCAUACCCAGGGGCUGCACGUUGGCCUUCAGAGCCAUACAGCUGACCAUUGAGGAUGCAGCGUGGGGUCUCAACCAUCUCCCAGAGCACAAGCAACCAACGUUUGUAGCUGAUGGUUCUGCACACAGAGAAGUUGAGGCACUGGAGAAAGAAGUGAAGGAGAAGUGUGGUGUUCUGUCCCAGCUGGACGAUGAGCUGAACGUCAUCGUUGUAAAGUCCAUCAAAGCUGUGAUGAGAGACAGGAACCUCCUGGAGGAGCUGACCGAGAAGAUGGAAACCAUCCUGGAUGACCCUGAGAACUGCGAGCUGACAACACAGAGCCCAGACUUAGCAGCCCUGCUCAGCACACUUAAGGCUUCUGCACGUUGUGACCUCCUCGGCCUGACAGAAGCCAUCUCCUACACCCUGGAUGCCUUCAAUGAGCUAACGGAGGCUCAGCUGCUGCUAUUGCUGGAGUCUUGGGAUGAGAAGAUUGUGCCCCAACAGCUUAAAGUGGUGAGGAGCAUCCUGCAGCAGAACAGGGAGAGCAGCAAUGCAGCCGGUUUGCUCUCAUCCUUCAGCGAGCAGCAGCAGCAGCAUCUGACAGCGGCCGAGCUGGAGCUGAGCGGGGUGCAACUGCAGGGGAACUGCAAAGAGCUGAGCUUCCCAUCCCUUGCAGCUCUAUAUGCAGCCCUGCAUGCGCUGCACUGCCUGCACUGCACUGCCCCAUAGGGGCCGGGGGUGCUCCUGAUUGCAAGGUGAUUAAAAGGCGAUUAAAAAGCAA